GAUAUAUUGCUUGGUGAAAAGAUUGUUAUUUUGUGUUUGUUUUUCUUAGACUGUUCUUUUUACCACAGAGUAUGGUGUUGGAUGCAUCAGACACGACUGCAAUUCACUUAAAUUGGGUAAUGGCUGCAUUGUUAAACCAUAGGGAUGUCAUGGAGAAAGUCAACGAAGAGCUAGACACAAAAGUUGGCAGAAACAGAUGGAUAGAAGAGAGUGAUAUGACGAAUUUGGUUUACUUCCAAGCUGUCGUUAAAGAAACACUGCGAUUAUAUCCGCCAGCACCUUUGUUAGUACCCCACGAAUCCGUAGAGGACUGUGUUGUACAAGGAUAUCACAUUCCGAAAGGUACAAGAUUGUGGGUCAAUACUAUGAAACUACAACGAGAUCCUAAGAUUUGGUCGAAUCCUGAUACAUUUGAUCCAGAGAGAUUCUUGACUAGUCAAGUAGGGGUUGAUGUUCGCGGUCAACAAUAUGAGUUCAUCCCAUUUGGCUCUGGAAGACGAUCUUGUCCAGGGAUCACGUAUGCAACUCAAGUGACACACCUUGCAAUAGCUCAUUUACUUCAAGGUUUUGAUUUUAGUACACCGUCGAACCAGCCUUUGGAUAUGAAAGAAGGGUUAGGCAUGACCAUGCUCAAAGUAAAUCCUAUAGAAGUGUUGAUUACGCCUCGCUUGCCUUCUGUACUCUAUCAAUAGUAAGAUGUAAAUUGUUGUCUUGUUUGGUUAUGUAUGUACUUUUUGGAUGUGUAUUUACUUAUUAAGAAACAAUUUGAGUGCCAAAUAUCUCAUUCUAACUGCAAGCAUUAAAGUAGUAGAGUAAAACAUAAGCACCUUUAUACUUGUA